UCUGAAGUCUUUCACCUGAGCUCGUUUUCAACAGUGGUGGCUCGGUAGUGGAUCAACGCAGUGUUUCUUAUUAACUACUAGGCUUGUAUUCGCGUUGUUUGCUACUAGCAAAAUCAGGUGCUUCGCGCUUUCUUUUACCAUAUUUUCCCCAUCGCGUCACAAACUUUUACGUGUUCCCUCAACGAAUGGCCAGGAGUGUUGUCUAACGCACAGAUGCUUUAUUGAAUUUUUACAGGCAAUCGCUGCUCAUGGUGGCUGUUACAUGUCUCAUGAGUCAUUAUCGGAUAUCUUGCUUAUGCUGUAUGAUGAGUACAGGGCAAUUUAUGAAUCGUUGACUGUCCACUUUUCUUGUGAAGAUGCGGACUUCUGGUCUUAUGUAUUUUUCUUAGCUUUCUCACUCAGCGGAAUUUGCACACCUGCUUCGUAUUUUCAGUGCUAGUAACUGUUACUUGGAUUUUGAGAUUUCCGCCUUUCAUAUUCCGCCUCGUACUCUGCUUUCGACGAUCGACUUUUGUGGCAUGUGUAUAGAGCGAACCCUAAUCCUGGCAACUGUUGUAACUUUAUUGUGCGUCGUAAUCACUGUACCGCACUUGUGCUUGAGGACAACUUAGUACACCAGCAGAGUCUAGCGGAUAAGUUUUAUGCUAACAAAAAGCUUCUGUACAGACAUGUGAACAGCCUCCAGAAUGUGGAACGUGGUGGUUUCACACUAAUAUCAGCAGAUGGAUGAGCUUAAAUUGCAGAGGAUGCAGUUAACUUUCUACGGUUCCAGUAUGCUUCCAUUUUCCGAUGUGCUACCGGCAUAUAUGACAUACCUGUCCCAAUGUCCCAGACGCCAGCAUUUACACACGUCAUCUUUAGUUUGACGACCAUUUUGAGGAAGCUGCUAUCGUUGCGCACCCAUAGUUUUUCCUGGAGUUGACAACAUUCCCCCGAAAGCACUGUAGGUGUCAGCUACGAGGUUAGCUGAACCAUUAACGAGAUUUUUCCAAAUAUGUCUGGACGAACAGCAGGUCCCUAACAUGUGGAAGCAAGGCAUCAUUACCAUAGCCGUACGCAGCCGUUCAGAGUCCGCCAACUAUCACCCAGUGAUUCUCCUCCCAGUGCUCUCAAAGGCGAUGGAAUCAAGCAUAGCUGAGAAUGUAAUGGGCUACUUCGAAUGAUCUAACAUCAUAGCACCGGAGCAACACGGUUCUCGUCAGCAUUGGUCAUGUACUACCAAUCUACUUACUGCCAGUGGCAGUUGGACCGAGAUAGCUGACAGUGGGAUCGGCAUUGAUGUCAUCUACCUUGACUUUUCUAAAAUCUUCGACCGUCUCGAUCACCUCCUCCUUCUCCAAAAGCUGCAAACCUACGGAGUUAGGAACCCUGUCCUUGGAUGCAUCGGAAACUUCCUCCUUCAACGGCGCCUUCAGGUUUGAGUUCGGGGAUCAUUUUCUGAUCCAAUUAAUGUGAACUGCGGUGUUCCACAAGGGUCCGUGUUGGGGCCGCGAUUAUUAUUGUUCUCGAGUAACGACAUUGCGAGUGUCAUCAAGCGUAAUUUUCUGCCUUUUGUCGAUGACAUCAAGAUAUGGCGGGCAAUCAGCUGUCAGGAAGAUCACGAUUUGCCGCAACGGGUCUUAGACCACACCUUUGAAUGUUCAAUAGCAAAUCUGCUUCCGUUUAAUACGGAUAAGUGCAAAACCGUGAAUGUCCGCUACAAGCCCGCGUACGCAUAUAAGCUUGGAGACGAAAUGCUGAAUACGGCCUCACAAGAGCGAGACCUUGGGGUGAUGAUGCAAGACGAUCUCGGUUGUUCGGCGCAGUCCUCGAAGACGUUCAAAACCGCGAACCAACAUUGUGGUCUGUUACGGAGGACUUUCGAGAUGUUCUAUCCCUCCAUGUUCCCCCAAAUUCUCAAUACAUAUGUGAGGCCCCAUGUAGAGUAUGCGAUCUAGGCUUGGCAACCCUGGUUAAAACGCUAUCUGGCUGCGGUGGAGACCAGCCGGCGAAGGGCAACGAAAAAUGCGAACCGUUUGUCCCAGCUGCAAUACCAUAGGCGGCUGAGAGCCUUGGGAAUGUGCAGCGCAAGAUAUCGCCGUCUACGCGAUGGCCUCAUCCUGGCGUACCAGCUAUUGAACAGCCGCGGUCACGCCUGCCGCCACCUCCUGAAGCUUAGCCGCAACACGGAAUUGAGAGCUCAUAAAGUGAAACUUGCUACCCAAUACAUUCGGCUUGAUUCCGCCGAAAUUAUUUUCCCUUCGAGUUUGUCAACCGUGGAACACUCUUUCCGCAGAGGCUGUAUUGCAAAAGCUGACGUCUCUACGCAAACAGCUCGCCGGGUGUCGACACCAUUCGUCCAGAGGCAUUGGGAGCACCAGCAAGCCAACUGGCGGGACCUUUAGCUCAAUUUUUCCAGCGCUGCUUAGACCAGAACCAAGUCCCAGCCAUGUGGAAGCUUGGAAUAAUAACCCCGAUUCACAAAGGUGGAAGCAGAACUGAUCACUCCAACUACCGCCCAGUAUCCCUUCUUCCUAUACUCUCCAAAGUCAUGGAAUCCAUAGUUGCCGAUGCACUGGUGUGCUAUCCGGAAAACUGGAACCUCAUCACUCCUGAACAGCACGGUUCCCUUCAACAGCGGUCAUGUACAACUAAUUUACUAAUUGCACGCAGUAGUUGGACCGAGGCAGCUGACGCUGGAGAAGGUGUUGAUGUGAUCUACCUGGAUUUUUCCAAGGCUUUCGACCGUCUAGACCAUCGGAUACUACUAUCCAAGCUGCAACAUUACGGGUGUCGGCGACCCUCUUUUAAGCUGGAUCGUCAACUUUCUACUUCAACGGCAAUUAGUGGUCAGAGUUCGGAGCUCUUUAUUGGGCCCAUACAACUUGAGUGUGGUGUGCCGCAAGGCUCGGUUCUAGGUCCACGUUUGUUUUUGGUGUUUAUCAAUGACCUUGCACAGGGAAUCGCUUCAAACUUCCUAAUGUUUGCCGACGAUAUCAAGAUCUGGCGCAGGAUCCAGGCGAAUGCCGACCAACAUGUGCUUCAGAGUGAUUUAGAUACAGUGUAUCAAUGGUCGACCCAAAACUUAUUGCAUUUCAACGUCAGUAAAUGCAAGGUGCUUUCCAUCCGACAUCAGAGCAGCUAUUCAUACCAUCUCGGAACGAAUAUACUGCAACGAUCAACUCUCGAACGUGACUUGGAUGUCCUGGUUCAAGAUGACUUGGGUUGCUCCAGGCAAUCCGAAAAGGCCUCGAAGACCGGGAACCAACACGUUGGGCUGUUGAGGCGGGCGUUUGGACAAAUAAACAGCUACACAUUGCGACAAAUGCUCAGUGCGUAUGUUCGCCCCCAUGUCGAAUACGCAAUUCAAGCCUGGUAUCCAUGGUUGAAACACGACCUUAAUGCACUGGAGCAGCCACAACGCCGGGCAUCUAAGAAGGUAAUUGGAAUGCGCAAUCUUUCCUACCAGGAGAGGCUGCGACGACUAGGAUUGUUCAGUGGAAGCUAUCGCAGGCUACGAGGCGACCUGAUUAUGACAUACUUGAUCCUGCGAGACCCACAUCAUGUGUGCCGCCCUUUUCUGCAACUCAGCAGCAACACAAACCUGAGGGGCCACUCAUUAAAACUCGCAGAACAAUACAGUCAUCUGGAGUGCCGCAGAAAUUUCUUUUCCAUUCGUGUCUGUCACCC